CUGGAAGUCUGAAAAAACAGUUUUCCCUAUUUUUUACAAAAAAAAAAACUCGGAAUGUUGUUCAUCAAUCUAUUAUUUGGAUUCACAUUUAUAUUGCAAGGAAAAGUUCGUGUGUAUGCAGAUGGAUCAUGCUUAGUAGCUCAUGAAGGUGAGUAUACCACAGUGAAAUUUUUGAGCAAUUCAGUUACUACUCAUAACGUCAGAGAGAGACCAGGGAAACAGGGACCAAUAGGACCUAAAGGCGAUGUUGGCCCCAUGGGCAGAUCAGGAUUAAAAGGAGAACGGGGACCACCCGGACCACCCGGCUCUCCAGAACUGUUACAGUCAAACUCUGAACUGCUUCGUCGUAAUGAAGCACGAAUUUCGGAGCUGGAAGACACUAUACGAGAGCUAAAAACAUCGAUUCUCCAAUCUGGUGGAUAUUACAAAGCAAGAAACGGCUACUUCUAUAAAUGGAUUCAGGAACAGGUGAAUUUUGAUACGGCAAAAUCAAGAUGUCAGAUACUUGGAGCUCAGCUGGCAUCGGAGGGAAUGAGAGAUUCUCUGAUAAAACGAGAAGUUUUUGAAGCAUUGAGCAUAUCUACAGCGUGGACUUGGGUCGGGCUAAGAGAUAUCGAGGGUAGAGGUACUACGUGGACCUGGGUUGAUGGACAAGCAAUGCAGAAAAAUGAAAUAGCGUGGAGUAGAGGACAACCCGACUAUCCUGGAAGGGAGAACUGCGUUCAUUUCGACAGCGCUAUAACGUAUAACAACCACCAGUGUACAACAAAACUAAAAUAUCUCUGUGAGAAGCAUCAGUUGUAAUUUUCCUGGAUAGCUGAAAGUAACUUUUUC